AUGAAAUCUAAUUCAGUCUCUUAAUACAAAAUACCAAGUUCAUUGUCUCCACCAAAUUUCUCAAAAUAAUUGAUUUUCUAACAAAAAUAACUCUGUCUAUCAAAAGUACGAAAAUAAAUGCAAAGUGUCAAUGACCCUUUCAACUCCAAUUAGAUAUCAAAGGCUCUUCGAAAUUUGGAAACUCAACAAUAACGAAAGAAGUUAUUAGAUUCUAUCAUUAAGUUGAGAGAGUCAAAGAAAAUGGAGAAUGAGAAGUUAAAGCAAUUAUAGUUGUAAAAAUUAUGGGAAAAGGCUAAUCACACAAACAGCAAAAAGCUCAAUACGGAUUACUUUUAUCAUCGGGAUUUUGAUGACUUUGAAUCCAUCAAACAGCAAAGAUAUAGAUUUGAAUCAGAAAGGAUUGAGAACUUCUAUAUUCGAAAUGAAGGAGGAAAUCAUCAUAAUUUACAUAGAAUAAGUAGUUUAAAUUGUUUGACAACCGAGUUUGUGGAUAAACGAAAGGUGGUGCAAUAGACAACUCGAAGGACUAGGAAAAACUUAACAGCCUUCUAAAAUAAGCCAAGAGAUCUCGGUAGAAAUACUCCUGUGAUUAAUGAGAUUUGA